AGAAAAAUAAGGAGGAAAGAGGGAGCAGGGAGCAGGAAGACCGAAAAGAAAAAAAAGGAGAACGACGUGCGGCUGCAACCAUUUGUAUUUUGCACCGUCAGAAAAUUUGAAAUCAGAAGGUACAUCGUAUGGCAACAAUUCUAUUUCAUACCUUUUAUGGGUGUAAUUUUGAGUCCAUAUUUACAGAGCGGUUGGCAGCUUUUGAUCAUGGAUCUGAACAUAAAAGCCACAAGAACAGUUGUCAUUUGUAAUUCAGGAGUUAUAUGUGGAAGCAUUGAGAAAUUGUUUCUCCAGUGCAGCACUAUUGCAAUUCGAUACAAAGGUAUUAUUGGAAAAAGCUUCAACAUAUCAACGGAUUUAAAGGAAAAAGCUUCAGCAUAUCGGUGGAUUCAAAUUUUAAGGUAUCCGGGCAUUGCGAGGAAAGGGAUGAUCGGUUUCUAUUUCUGUUGUAUCAAUUAUCAUUUCAACGAUCGUGUAUAGGAAACAAAAAAAUAGUAUUAAAAUCACUUACCUUGGAUUUGAAAUCGAGAUCGAAGGAUCUUUGCGGAUCCCCUCGUCUCCACAUAAGCUUUACCUACAAAUUAAAAACACUUGAAAAUAAGUUAGUAUAAAAUAUAGAAACAAAAAAAUUAAUGCAUGCAUGUCCCGGGACCGACGUAAAAAUAAAUCUAUUUCUAUAUGCAUAAUGCUAAAUUAAAUAAAAUGCAUAAAUGUAAAAGGAAAGGGACGGAUUACUCCCUAUGAUGUAUUCGGUCGUCCGAUCAUCCGGCCACUCCCUCUCGUAUGCAUCUAAAAAGAUUUAAAAUAGAUAUUAGUAUAUAUGUAUAGGAAACAAAAAAAUAGUAUUAAAAUCACCUACCUUGGAUUUGAAAUCGAGAUCGAAGGAUCUUUGCGGAUCCCCUCGUCUCCACAUAAGCUUUACCUACAAAUUAAAAACACUUGAAAAUAAGUUAGUAUAAAAUAUAGAAACAAAAAAAUUAAUGCAUGCAUGUCCCGGGACCGACGUAAAAAUAAAUCUAUUUCUAUAUGCAUAAUGCUAAAUUGAAUAAAAUGCAUAAAUGUAAAAGGAAAGGGACGGAUUACUCCCUAUGAUGUAUUCGGUCGUCCGAUCAUCCGGCCACUCCCUCUCGUAUGCAUCUAAAAAGAUUUAAAAUAGAUAUUAGUAUAUAUGUAUAGGAAACAAAAAAAUAGUAUUAAAAUCACCUACCUUGGAUUUGAAAUCGAGAUCGAAGGAUCUUUGCGGAUCCCCUCGUCUCCACAUAAGCUUUACCUACAAAUUAAAAACACUUGAAAAUAAGUUAGUAUAAAAUAUAGAAACAAAAAAAUUAAUGCAUGCAUGUCCCGGGACCGACGUAAAAAUAAAUCUAUUUCUAUAUGCAUAAUGCUAAAUUGAAUAAAAUGCAUAAAUGUAAAAGGAAAGGGACGGAUUACUCCCUAUGAUGUAUUCGGUCGUCCGAUCAUCCGGCCACUCCCUCUCGUAUGCAUCUAAAAAGAUUUAUAAUAGAUAUUAGUAUAUAUGUAUAGGAAACAAAAAAAUAGUAUUAAAAUCACUUACCUUGGAUUUGAAAUCGAGAUCGAAGGAUCUUUGCGGAUCCCCUCGUCUCCACAUAAGCUUUACCUACAAAUUAAAAACACUUGAAAAUAAGUUAGUAUAAAAUAUAGAAACAAAAAAAUUAAUGCAUGCAUGUCCCGGGACCGACGUAAAAAUAAAUCUAUUUCUAUAUGCAUAAUGCUAAAUUAAAUAAAAUGCAUAAAUGUAAAAGGAAAGGGACGGAUUACUCCCUAUGAUGUAUUCGGUCGUCCGAUCAUCCGGCCACUCCCUC